AUGAAUAGUUGGGUGAAUUUGAAUUUGACAAAUUUACUAGGCUCUGGCCACAAUUACCAGAGUCUCGCUUUUCUAUUUAUAAGUGAUUGUGAUGGUCUAGAGUCGUUUCCCCAUGGAGGCUUGCCCACACCAAAUUUAGUAGAUCUAACGAUAGUGGAUUGUAAACAUCUCAAGUCCUUACCCGAUCGGAUGGAUCUACUUUCGUCCCUUUCAUCACUGGAGGUGUAUAAUUGUGCUUCAUUAAUGGAACUCUUUCCCCAAGAGAAUAUUCCCCCAAAUCUGUCUGACCUCACAAUCAAAAAUUGCGGGAAACUAAAGCCCCUGGGGGAGUGGGGCCUACACAAACUCACCUCUCUUGAAUACUUCAGUUUUGGUGGAUGUCCAGAGCUGGUUUCCUUCACUAACAAUGCUGACGAAGAACACUGUGUGCUUCCUCCAUCUCUAAUUUAUUUGAUUUUGAGAGACCUGCCGAAUCUGGAAACCCUAUCAAAGGGCUUCCAAAGCCUCACCUCUCUUCGAAUUUUAUCCAUCAAAAAUUGCCCAAAGCUUGAGGCGUUGCCUAUGGAAGCCCACCUUAAAAAGCUUGAGAGGCUUCACAUUAGAGGCUGUCCACUUCUUAAUAAACAGUGUUUGAAGAACAAAGGAGACUACUGGCCCAUCAUUGCUGACAUUCCCUUCGUCCUAAUUGAUGGCCGUUCCAUCUAUGAUUCACGUCCAUGA